AUGAAGCUGCUUGGUGGAGCCAUUUGCAUGCUUUCGACUGCAGCAUCUAUGCCGUCUACCUUCCAAAGCGUUGGGCAGCGAAAACGUUCCUGUGCUACCGCUAACCAGGUUGUUGUAGCAAUUAACAACUAUGUUAUCGAGGUAACCCAGGUAAAUGAUGUCAUCGAUAACAACGGCCUAAACGAAACUUCCAACACCUUUCAGGAGGCUGUCAGCUCGGGGCUCUUCUUCGAAACUGAUGAGACGAUCCAGCUCACCUCUCUAAGCAAUAUCUGCAACCCAAGAGAGGAAGCGAAUGGCGCCGCUUACUCGGUUGCUAUCAACACAGUUCAAUCAGCCACGCAACAGGUACUAGGCGCUAUUAUAGACAACCAGAAAGGGGUCGGUGCGGUGCAAGACAGUCUCGACAUUAUCGACCAACAUAUCUGUACUACGGUAUAUUGGGGCAAGGCUUGGGAUUAA